UUUUGCUCUGGAACGCGGUUGCUAUGGAAAUGCUGUCCACAACAUUGAACACGCUUUUAAAUCAUUUAAAGCGUCGCUUUAAUAUAGAUCACUUUCAUUCCGUUUCAUUGUUAUCUUUUAGAUAGUGUUGAAAAUAUAAAUUUGUUUAAGGUGAUACAAAAUGUCAAAAGAUGUUUCACCAAACAACGUUGGCAGGUUAUCUGCAGAGGAGUUAUCAUCGAGGACACUGGCGGUCGGUGGAAGUCACUUCAUUGUGUCUGUGAACGGUGCUAUUGAGGCCGCCGAUUUUCCUGAAUAUGACGAAUUAUACUGUCGGUACUUUUUUGACUAUGGCUCUGACUGGCAAAUUAUAUCUGGUGUAUCGGAAGGCAUGUCUCAGAUUUCCAAAAAAAGCAAAUGUCACGUCGACGAGAGACAGCUGUGUAUUUGGAACCUCCCAGUUGAACUGACCCUCAAGUCAACAAACAUUUCAGGAUGUAAGUUAAAAAAAACUAUUGCAAAAAAAUUAAAAAAAAAAUCAGGGCCAAAAAUUGUGGUAAGCGUUUAUGGGACUGACACUUUUGGAAACGACGUGGUCCGAGGUUACGCGUGGAGUUUUGUUCCUUUAGAAAGUACCUCUUGCACAAUAAGCAUGCCUGCUUUUGUACCAGCGUCAUCCUCAAGACUGCAAGAAAUGACUGCCUGGUUCACAGGUCGACGUCCAGAGUUUCUAAAUCCAGCUACUGUGGCUCACGGAGAGAGCAGAGAGUUGUUAAGGACAAACUCACACGGAGUUGUGAUGGCCAAACUCAAUGCAUUGACAAAAGACUUGGCCAGGUGCGGAUACGAGACAAGUUCUCGAGAGCCAAGAUCAUUCAACUUGGCCUCGAUUGUUAGUGACAUGGAGCAAUUGUCUAUAAAAUAAU